AUGCACUUAUCCUUUAUCGUCUGCAACGUGGACAUCCAGUACUAUCCGUUCGACGAGCAGACGUGCACGUUGACCUACUACGUGUCAGACGAGACCGUUCGAACCGUACAGCUCGACCACUAUCUCGCCGUAGAUCUCGAUGAGUACUCCGAGAACUCCGCCUGGACCAUUGUUUCCGCCAUGCGCCGAAAGUACCUUCUAUACAACACCUUCAAUAUCGACAUCGAGUUCCGACUGCAGCGCCGCGCGAACUUCACGACCUUCACACUCAUCAUGCCGCUUCUGAUGCUCGCCUUUCUUAAUAUCUGCAUAUUCCUGGUUCCGAUUGGUUCCGGCGAGAAGGGUUCCUUCUCAAUUACAAUUUUCCUCUCGUAUGGCAUCUUUGUGACGAUCAUCAGCGACACUCUUCCCCACAACUCCCUGCAGGUCUCCUUCUUCGUCCUCUUUAUCGUCAUCCUUCUCGUGCUAAGCGUCAUCUCAGUCUUCUACACAAUCAUGCAGGCGAAACUCGUCGCCUCCAUCGGCGAGAAGGAAUGUACCUGGACCUGCUUCAAACCGAGGAAGAAAUGCGACAACUCCGUCCGAAAAUUCGAAGAUCCAAACGCGCAUGGCGAGAAAACUGGAAAAUGUGAAACAACAGAGAAAACCGAGAAGUCUGAGUUUUCGAAUGAUGUGUCCGCUGCAGCAGACGACGUGCCGUAUACAUGGGCCAUGUUUCUAGAGAAGUUGGAUAUCUAUCUGUUCGUCGUCUUCUUCAUUCUCAUCUGUGCAACGACCGCCGUGUUCUUCACGAUUUUGUUGCGUCAUGCUUCGAAGAGCGCCGGCGGCCUUGAACUAGAUCCGGUUCCUCCCGCAACAACGUUGGCGACCUUUUGA